AUGCUGAAGGCCAACUAUAUCGGUAGUAUCCACACUCACAGGUAUGCUGUGGACUCAGUCAUCAUUCUUAACGCGUAUCUAAUUUGCUGUCAAGCGCCACAAGCACUCCCCUCCGCAUACGCCCUUCACAAAGCUUGUCAUAAUCCCACCGUUGCAAAAACCACAGCUAUGCAAAUAUUCUCUUUAGAGGAGGUUGGCAAACAUAAUAGCAAGAUCGACUUAUGGGUUGCUAUUCACGGCAAAGUGUACGAUGUCACAAGCUACGUAAAAGAUCAUCCUGGCGGUGCUGAUCUCUUGAUUGAUGUUGCCGGUCAAGAUGCAACGGCGGCGUAUGAAGAUGUUGGCCAUUCGGAGGAUGCAAGCGAGAUUCUCGAAUCCUUCCUGAUCGGGACACUGAAAGAUGCGGUGGAAUACAAGGCCCCCACAGCUGUCAGACUUAUCCAGCCACCUCCGGUGUCUUCACCUGAGCGAAAGGUUAGCUGGGAUGCUACUCGUAUUGUUGGUCUCGGUGUUGGCUCAGUUGCUUCACUUUAUCUUGCGUCUAAAGCUCUGAGACCACAUCUCGACUUUCAUCACUUGGCUGAGCUUCUGCCCAGCCUGCCGUCCCUGUCUUCCAUCAAGCUUUCCCCAUCCCUACCUCAUGGGGGUUUUGCUACUGGGGCAGCCGCCACGGCCUGUAUCUGUGCCGUACUAGGCGGCAUAGUCGCGUCUCGCCUCUCGAAGCUCACAGAGAUCGAGUCGGGCUUCACGAAGUAUCCCCCUCGGGUCAAGAGAAAGACUAUUCACCAGCAAGACCCCCACCUCAUCCCUGGCUUCCUCCAACCGAAAGAAUACAAGGCCCUACCACUGGUGGAGAAGACACUGCUCGCUCCCAAUGUCUAUCGCUUCGUCUUUCAACUUCCUCGCAAAGGCGAUGUGGUUGGUCUGCCCAUCGGACAACAUGUCGCCAUCAAAGCAACUGUCAACGGCCAAUCCGUGUCUCGAUCAUACACUCCAACGUCGAAUAACCUCGACUUGGGUAGACUGGAGCUGGUAAUCAAGUGCUACCCAGAUGGAUUGCUCACAGGCCAGUACCUUGCCAACCUUGAGGUCGGUGACAAGGUCCUCUUUCGUGGCCCCAAAGGCGCAAUGCGAUACAAGAGGAAUCUCUGCAAAAAGAUCGGCAUGAUAGCUGGCGGCACAGGAAUCACGCCUAUGUUCCAGCUUAUUCGCGCAAUCUGCGAAGACGACAAGGACACCACUGAGAUCUCCCUGGUUUACGCCAAUCGUACGGAAGAUGAUAUUCUCCUACGUACUGAGCUGGAAGCAUUCGCAUCAGCCUAUCCGAAAUCGCUGAAGAUCUGGUACAUGUUGGACCACCCACCAAACGACUGGCAGUACGGCAAGGGCUAUGUAACGCCGGAUGUGAUGCGUGAAAGGCUGCCUGGGCCUGGUCCAGAUACCAGAAUCAUGCUUUGUGGCCCUCCUGGCAUGGUCAAUGCCGCAAAGAAAGGUUUGGCUGGUCUGGGAUUCCAAGCUCCAGGAGCGGUCGCGAAGAUGACGGAUCAGAUCUUCUCUUUUUAG